UAUAUACCGUAUGAGUGACAUAGAACCACCAUUAACAACAGCCUCUGGUGAAUUAUCAUGGGCAGAAUUCAUUCGAUAUAGACUUGUUACCAACAUUACCACUUCCAAGGUGACCGACAGACUCGACUUUAUUCAUCAUUCUUUACUAGUUCGUCUAAGAAGGAAAGAUUUACCUCAAGAAGCUCUACCUUCUCUUCUCGGUUUGUUGAAACUGACUUAUACACGAUAUCAAGACCGCGCGUCUCGUCAAGCAAUUCUAGAUGUUUUUAAAGAACUCAAUGCCUGGAACUCUACUCUAUUCCAAAAGACCUUUGCUCCUGUCCUUGCACGUGAAGCUGAAAAAACUUGCAAGCGCUCUAUGAAUGGAGAAUGUGUUACUUCAUCUUCUGAUCGAUUUGUAUUAUUGACUUGGGUGAAUACAAUGGUAUCAUUUGUAUUAGAAAACAAUAAUGACGACAUGACAACAUCAGCACAAUUAUUAGGAUUUGUUGUAAAUGCACAAGCUCUAUUGAUCGAUUCCUUAGCCGGUGAAGAAGAUUUGUCAAGAAAGAAACCUUCUUCUAUCUGGCGUAGUAGUUUAUCUCAAGUACGACGUACAAUUCGUGAACAUGCUACGCAAAUUCCUCGCUUAUUCGAUACUGCUUUGGCCAAUUCAUCAACAUGUACUCCAUCAUUCAUCAAUGCUGUUUUGAUUGGUAUUAUUAUUGAUGUUAGUCUUCAUUUGAAAAAUAUGGAUGGAAAAUCUUUAUUCAUCACCAAAGAAGAACGAAAGAAUCAAUUGAUCGAUUAUUACUUGAAGAAUAUUAUCUCAUCACGUAUUCCUGUCCGUCACGCUGCUAUGAUCUCAUUCAAUGGAUUCAUCCAUGCUGCUGUAUCUGAAACCUGUUUCCAAGAUCAAUUCUUACCUGUUUUGGAGAAAAUGAUGUUACGAUCUCCUGAAAUCGCACUUCAAGCUUUGGCAUGUAUUAUUUCUUCCUUCUCAUUCGAUCCAUCAUCACUUUUCGCCAACAAGUGGGUAGAACCAUUAUCCAAUCAUUUACGUUCCACUUCCGCAGCAGUACGACAAGGUGCUAUGGCAUUAUGGCGAGCAUUAGCCAAAGAAUCUCAAGAUAUUCCUCUUCUCAUCAAGGUGACCCAACAUGUGACCACUCCUUUGAAACAAGGCAAAAUUAGUACACCUGAACAUCGUGUGGUUCUUUAUCAAGCACUUGCUGAUCUAGCUCAAACGAAUGAUGCAAAUCUUAGUCACACUGUUCUUACCGAAGGCUUUUUUAAUGCUUUGACUGGAAACAAAAAGGACACCAACGAAACAGCGACCAUUCACGCUAUCCAAGGUGCAGGCAAACAUAUUGCUGUGGUGCUUUACAAUGAUGCUUAUUGUCAAGAAAACAAGAGUUUGAUGGAAACUAUUAUCAAGGUGAUGACUGAAGGUCUGGUAUCACCCAAAGCUACUAUUCGAUCACAAUGGGCUUCUGUGGUAGGUCUUACGUAUUGGGAACAUCAACAACCUAGUAUCACUCUGGCCGAUCAAAUUGUCAAAUACUUGUCUCCACUCUUCACUACUACAAACAAAAUUCAAGAAAAGCCGCUUGUAUGGAAAGAUGGACCUUUGGAAGGGUAUGUUUUGGUGGCCUUAUUAUCUGGUCGUGUACAAUCAACAUGGACAAAUGUACCUGGCGCUGUCAAUGAUUUGAUUAAACAACGAAAGUACCCAGAUUCUUUGAUCAAGGAUGGAAAGAGCUUUUUAUGGAUGGAUCGUGUAUAUAUGAAGGCAUUAUCAUUGGAUGAAGGUCUUUGGUUUGCUCAUGCUCUGAUCAGUGUAUUUACUCAAUUGGAUCAAAAAGUACUCUCUUCUGGGAACAACAAGGAAUGUCCUGGUAUCUUGAUUGCUCAAGCUUUGAUCUGGAUAUUAACAAGUCAUCCCAUCCAUACUGUACGUAAACAAACAUUCCAAGGUAUGGCCGAAGCAAGUCAAUUUCAACCUGAAAAAUGGUCGCACUUUAUGAUUCAAGCUUUAACUUUAUGGUUGACACAUUUGGAAAACGAAACUAAGGGUUCUGUUCCUGUAAUGGCUGCUGCCAGUACACCUACUACUAUGGAUCCUUUGGUUAGUCAUUACCGUUUGGCUUCUGUACUUUUGGCUAUCACUUGUUUUUCCAAAAAUGAUGAUGAUGUUUUGAAGGGUAUCAAAUCCUCUAUUUUGACUGAUUUGAUCAUUUUGGCUCAUCAUUCUUUCAUUGCGUCUCCUACCGAUAAGUACAAUUGGAUUACUUUGGUGCAACGUGCUGGAUUGAAUCCUGGAGAAUUAGUGAAAACACACGCCCGACAAUUGAAAGAUCUUAUUCGCUCUACACUUUCUAACAGUGGCAAAGAGUCCAAAUUAUUUUAUGAAGCAGCACUUUCGGCCAUUUCCACUCUCUCCUUUAUUGAUGCUUCAACUUUUGCAUCCUUUGCUGAUCAUUCUACUCUUUUGGAUCCUUCUUUGAUGAAAGGUAUUGGUGAUUUGGAAUACAAUGUUUGGCAAACUCCCAAGGAUGUUCUUUAUGUGGAUGUAUUGAAAAAGAAGAACGAAAAGACUGAAAGCCGUGGACGUAAAACCAAAGAUCAAGAAUGGGAAGAUGAACUUCGAGCGGAAUUGGCAGCCAAGAAUAAGAAUCAAGCUCAACGCAAAUUGACAAAAGAAGAACAAGCAGCAGUCGAUGCUCAAUUGAAAAAGGAAAGCGAUAUCCGUGACAAGGUACAACAAGUAUACGAACAAAUCAAUUUGGGUUUGGAUAUUCUCGGUGCUUUGACAUCAUCUGCUAGCAGUGAAGGUAGUAACGAUACCGUAUUGAAAUCCAUGGGUGCUUUAUUGACGGUUGCUAAGGCCAAUGCUGGUUUACUUGUACAAGAUAAACUCGUCGAUACUUAUCUUGCUCUAGGUAGAACUCAACAACAAGAUAUCAAUGGAUCUCUGGCAGAUGCAAUUUGUUUGGCAACAUUACGAUGUAAUCAAGUAGAAGGUUUGCCUAAACGAUGGUUGGAUGAACCUUUAUUGGAACUGGUGAACCGUGUACUAUAUAAACUCCGUUUCUUGACCGAAUCUCGCCCACUUUCUGUCAAUGCAUUCUUACUUUGUUUCCCUGUCCUAUAUGAAGUGAUCAAACAAGGUGGUGUAGCCUGCAACAAGUCAGCAGAAGAAGGACGCGAACAAGCAAUCGAACAAGUCACUAUGGCCUUGGAUGUACUUAGUUUCCAUGCUUCUUUGGGUUCCCAAGCCAAAUUAAUGCCUCGUCAAGAAAUGAUUGAAUGUCUUGUCUACAGUAUUCGAGAAUACCCUAGUCAUAGUAAGAUUGCUAAAGCUGCCUUGAUAGAAUUAUGUACUGCAAUGGAUGGUACCUUGGUUACUCUUGAUGAAUUCAACGCUCUCUUCCAAGGUCUUUUAUCUGAUGAAUCCAUGGUUAGACAUGCUGCUCUUCAAGGUUUAGAGAUUCUCGAUUUGACCGAUAUUGAUUAUUCUGCUGAAUUAUGGUUAGCGUGUCAUGAUGAAGAAAAUGAAACCAAUGCUCAUUUGGCUAAAACAUUGUGGGAAGAAAAUGGCAUGGAUGUGGAAGAAGAAACUUAUAGUGAUCAAUUAUUAAACUAUGUGACCUCCAAUAGUACUUUUGUGCGAUCAGCUGCUAGUGGUGCUCUUGCAGAAGCCAUGGAACUCUAUCCUGAAACUGUGGCUAAUACUCUUACUGCUAUCUAUUCACUUUACAAGGUCAAGGCUGCUUCUUUAGAACCUGAAUAUGAUAAGUUUGGUAUGGUGAUCCCUGAAACGUUGAAUCGACAAGAUCCUUGGGAAGCCCGCAGUGGACUUGCACUUGCUUUGAAAAAGAGUGCUCCUUAUGUACAAGCAAUGGGCGAUAUUAUUGGUAUGGUGCAAUUCUUAAUCAAUGAUUUGGCUUUGGGUGAUCGUGAUGAACUGGUCCGCAAACAAAUGGUAGAUGCUGGGUUGGCAGUGGUCAACACACAUGGCAAGGAACAAACCAUUCAACGUGAAUUAUUAGACUGCUUUGAAUCUUACUUGGCUAAUGACAAAAAGGGUGUUAUGGUGGCAGCUGAUGAAACUCAAGAUCAUAUUCGUCAAUCAGUGGUUAUUCUUUAUGGUGGUGCUGCUGGCUUUUUACCUGUAGGUGAUCCCAAGAUUCGUGUGGCCGUAGAUAACUUGAUUGAAACUCUGGAUACUCCCUCUGAAGUAGUUCAAAGUGCUGUGGCUGAUUGUUUGCCUCCUCUUAUCAAGAUGAUCAAGGAAGAUGUACCUAGUAUUGUAGAUGGAUUGAUGAAGAAAUUGUUUACAGGUGAAAAAUACGCUCAUCGUCGUGGUGCUGCUUAUGGUCUAGCUGGUGUGGUUAAGGGUCGUGGUAUUACUGCUUUGAAAGAAUGCGCUAUCAUGCAAACACUCAAGGAUGCCGUCGACAAUAAACGUAAUUAUCAAUAUCGUCAAGGUGCUCUCUUUGCAUUCGAAACUUUAUCUGCUACUUUGGGUCGUCUCUUUGAACCUUACAUUGUACAAAUCAUUCCCCUGUUGCUAGUAUGCUUUAGUGAUACUAAUAUGGAUGUGCGUGAAGCAAGUGCAGAUGCUGGUCGUGUGAUUAUGAGCAAGAUCAGUGGUCACUGUGUCAAGUUGAUUCUUCCGUCUAUUCUCGAAGGUUUGGAUGAACGUCAAUGGCGUACCAAGAAAGCAUCUGUUGAACUUCUUGGUUCAAUGGCUUACUGUGCUCCGAAACAAUUAUCUGUAUCCUUACCCAAUAUCAUUCCCCGUAUUACUGAAGUCUUGGCCGAUACACAUGCACAAGUUCAAAAUGCCGCUAAUCGAUCUCUUCAAAUGUUUGGUGAAGUCAUCAGCAAUCCUGAAAUCCAACAAUUGGUGCCCGAACUUUUACAAGCAUUGAGUGAUCCCAACCAAAAGACAAUGAUUGCUCUCAAGAAACUCUUACAAACCUCAUUUGUCCAUUAUAUUGAUUCGCCCUCCUUGGCUAUUGUCAUGCCUAUUUUGGAACGUGGAUUACGUGAACGUGGUACGGAAAUCAAGACCAAGUCUGCACAAAUCGUCGGCAAUAUGGCAUCUCUCACUGAUCAAAAGGAUUUGAUCCCUUAUCUUCCUGUAUUAUUACCUCAAGUGAAACAAGUACUCUUGGACCCUGUACCAGAAGCUCGUGGUACUGCUGCGAAAGCAUUGGGUGGCCUGGUGGAAAAAUUGGGUGAAGAAAACUUCCCUGGUCUUGUGAUUGAAUUAUUGGAUACACUCAAGGCUGAUGCUGGUGGUGUGGAUCGUCAAGGUGCAGCUCAAGGUCUUGCUGAAGUACUAGCUGGUUUAGGUCUCGAACGAUUGGAUGGUCUACUUCCUGAAAUUAUUGCCAAUGCUAAUAAUCCUCGUUCCUAUGUCCGUGAAGGUUUUAUCUCCUUGUUGGUGUAUCUUCCUGCUACUUAUGGUCCUCGUUUCCAACCUUACAUUGGUCGUAUUAUUCCUCCUAUCUUGAUGGGUUUGGCAGAUGAAUCCGAAUAUGUACGUGAUGCAUCCUUACGUGCUGGUCGAAUGAUUGUCACUAAUUAUGCUACCAAAGCGGUGGAUCUCUUGUUACCUGAACUUGAAAAAGGUUUAUUCGAUGGCAAUUGGCGUAUUCGACAAAGUUCUGUUCAAUUGGUUGGUGAUCUCUUGUUCCGUAUCACUGGUACUACCAAUCCCAACAAAACCAAUCAAGCCCUUGGCAACAUGCAAGAAUUGGAUGAUGAAGAUGCGGAUGAAGAUGAUGAAGCUAAUCGGGAAGGGGCUCAUGGUGGUAGAAAACAAUUGCGUGACGUUCUUGGAAAGGAUCGUGCAGAUCGCAUCUUAUCUGCCUUGUACAUUGUUCGUCGUGAUUCUUCUGGUAUGGUACGACAAGCUGCUUUGCAAGUAUGGAAGGCUCUGGUAUCCAACACUCCUCGUACAUUACGUGAUAUUCUACCUACGAUGAUGUCCAUGAUCAUUCAAUUGCUUGCGGCUGGCUUCCGUCAUGAUGAUGAUAAAAAUCAACAAGAUGAUGAUAUGGUAUCUGCGGCUAGUUAUGAACAACGUGCUGUUGCUGCUCGUACUUUAUGUGAUUUGGUAACCAAAUUGGGUGAACGUGUGAUGGCAGAUAUGUUACCUAUUUUACAAGACGGUAUGCAAUCUCAAGAUGCAUCUAUUCGUCAAGGUGUUACUGUGGCCUAUAGUGAAAUCAUGGCUUCGGCAGAACGUGUACAAAUCCUCGACUUUGCUGAUCAAAUCGUCCCUGCUAUUCGACAAGCAUUAUGUGAUCCCUCUACUGAAGUUCGUGAAGCUGCUGCUCAAGCAUUCGAUACAUUACAUCAAAACUUGGGUGCUAGAGCCAUUGAUGAUAUUUUACCCUUCUUAUUGAAUCAAUUGCAAGCCAAGAAUGAAGCAUCAACUUAUGCAUUGUCUGCUCUCAAAGAAAUCAUGGCGGUACGUGCAAAUGUGGUGUUCCCUGUAUUGAUCCCUACUUUAAUUACAGUACCCAUCAAUGCAUUCAAUGCCGGCGCUUUGGCAUCAUUAGUGACUGUGGCUGGACCUACUUUGAACCGACGAUUGAGUGUGAUUCUGGAUGCAUUGAUCAGCUCUCGUGUCCUUACGGAACAAGAAGAUGAAGAAACACAAACGCAACUAUGCCAAGCUAUUGAAGCAUUAAUGUUAUCUGUGGAUGAUGAAGAAGGUGUGGAAGCUUUGAUGACAACAUUACAUGAACAAGUACGUAGCGAUGAUCCCGCACGACGAGCAGUCUCUUGCGAUGUGGUGGCUACCUUCUUUACCGAAAAUGACCAAGCACUUGAACAACUGGAAGCAGAUGAAAAUUAUGUGGCUGAUUGGAUUUCUGCAUUGGUGUUAUUGUUGAAUGAUCAUACCAUGACAGUGGUGGAAUCUGCUUGGAAGGCUUUGUCAGCUGUGGUGAAAUCCGUUGGCACAAAUAAGGAACGCUACGAAGGUUAUGUGGCAUCCACACGUCGCGCUAUUGAUAUCAUGUCUGCUCCUGGUACGGAUGUCCGUGGUUUCUGUUUGAUUCCUAAAGGUUUGGGUGCUAUUCUUCCCAUCUUUUUACAAGGUUUGAUGUAUGGUGCUACUGAUGUACGUGAACAAUCUGCUUUGGCUCUAGGUGAUUUGACUGAACGUACUACAUCCGAUGCUCUUAAACCAUUUGUCACUCAAAUGACUGGUCCUUUGAUUCGUAUUGUUGGUGAUCGUUAUCCUGCUCAAGUCAAAUCGGCUAUUCUUCAAACUUUGAGUUUAUUAUUGACCAAGGUGCCUAUGCAUGUCAAACCUUUCUUACCUCAAUUACAACGUACUUUUAUCAAAUCUCUACAAGAACCCGAAGAAGAUAUCCGAGUUCAUGCUGCUGAAGCUUUACGAGUCUUGAUUCCUCUUCAAGUACGUGUGGAUCCUUUGGUGACUGAAUUGGUAUCUGGUAUUCGAACAAGUACCACUGCCGAAAUCAAACAAUCCUUGAUGCUCUCUUUGAAUGAUGUGGUGACUCAAGUUGGUGGUAAGAUGAAUGAUGUCUCCAAAAAGGGCAUUCAAGCUGUCAUUCAAGAUGGUGAACAAAGUGAUGAUACCUCUCUUCAAACUUCCGCAUCUCUUUUGGCCACUUCUUUAUCUUCUCUUUAAAAAAUAUCUUUCUUUUAUUAUUAUCAUUUUAUACUCUCUUGUAGUUUUAUCUUCUUUUUUUGGACAUUUUAUAUACAUAUACAAUAAAAAAAAAACAUACUUGUUUUUGUCUUUUUAAGUGGAGAAAUCAUUAUUAUUUUGAAU